GGGGUUCGCAGCCCUCCUGCAAACCCUCCUCUCUCUGCCUCUCUCGAUCUCUCUCCCUCGGGCGUGAACAUCGAACAGUGAAUCCGUGGGCUUCCCAAACUCCAUCGCCAAAGAAAGCCAACAACCCGUGACUCCAAUUCCUCUCGUGAACCGCCCCCAUCGACCCGCCAUCUCUUUCCACCAUCUCUUUCCAUGUUCUUCCAAAUCACUACCAUCCAAAUUCCCCCCCACCCCUCCCCCACUCCCAACUGCACCAUAACGCCAUGACACUCCCCUUCGCCUCCAGGAGAUCGCCUAUAAAAGCCGCCUCCUCUCUCCUUCUCCCCUUCAAGCCCACCCCCUCCUUCCUCUGCGUUUCCAUGGCUUCCCUCUUCCUCCUCUCCCUCCUCUCCCUCUCCCUCCUCCUCUCCCCCUCCUCCGCCUCCUCCCGCAUACCCACCUCUCCAAAUCCCCCUCUCCCGCAUUCCCCUUCCUCCUCCUCUUCCUCCCCGGCGAUCCAGCAGGCCUGCAAGUCCACCAGGUUCCCCGACCUCUGCGCCUCCCAGCCCUACCGCCUCCCCUCCGCCUCCCCCUCCUCUCUCGACGUCAUCCUCUCCGCCAUCCAGAUCUCCUCCGACAACCUCGCCAACGCCCAGUCCAUGGUCGACUCCAUCCUCUCCUCCUCCGCCGGCAACGUCAACCGCACCCUCGCCGCCAAGAACUGCAUCGAGGUCCUCGCCAACUCCCGCCGCCGGACGGAGUCGACGGUGGGGGAGGCGAUCCCCGGCGGCCGCACCAAGGACGGCCGCGCCUGGCUCUCCGCCGCGCUGCUCUACCAGUACGACUGCUGGUCGGCCCUCAAGUACGCCAACGACACGAGCGAGGUCGACCGGACCAUGGCGUUCUUGAACACGCUCACGAUGCUGACCAGCAACGCCCUCAGCAUGCUGGUCUCGUACGACCGGUUCGGGAAGGACGCGGCGGCGUGGAAGCCGCCGGCGACGGAGCGCGACGACUUCUGGGAGGACGGCGUCGUCGGCGGCGGGGGGGCGUCGGGCCUGGGGUUCGACGGCGGGGUCCCCGCGGGCCUGAAGGCGGACGCGACGGUGUGCAAGGACGGGGGCAGCGGGUGCUACGCGACGGUGCAGGCCGCCGUCGACGCCGCGCCGAAGAACGUCGGCGGAGGGAAGAGGUUCGUGAUCCACAUCAAGGAAGGGGUGUACGAGGAGACGGUGAGGGUCCCGUUCGAGAAGACGAACUUGGUGUUCCUGGGGGACGGCAUGGGCAAAACCGUCAUCACCGGGUCCUCGAACGUGGGCCAACCGGGGGUCUCCACCUACAACACCGCCACCGUCGGAGUGGUUGGCGACGGAUUCAUGGCGACCGGGCUCACGAUCCAGAACACUGCGGGUCCAGACGCCCACCAGGCGGUGGCAUUCCUGUCGGACAGCGAUUUCUCGGUCAUCGAGAACUGCGAGUUCCUGGGAAACCAAGACACGCUCUACGCCCACGCCCUCCGGCAGUACUACAAGUCUUGCCACAUCGAGGGCAAUGUAGACUUCAUCUUCGGGAACUCGGCCUCCUACUUCCAGGACUGCCAGAUUCUGGUCCGCCCCCGGCAGGUCAAGCCCGAGAAGGGCGAGAACAACGCUGUCACAGCCCAUGGCCGGACCGACCCCGCGCAGUCGACGGGCUUUGUGUUCCAGAACUGCUUGGUCAAUGGUACUGAGGAGUACAUGGCCCUGUACCGGAGCAAGCCCGACAAGCACAAGAACUUCCUGGGGAGGCCGUGGAAGGAGUACUCAAGGACGGUCUUCAUCGAGUGCAACCUCGAGGCCCUGAUCACGCCUCAGGGCUGGAUGCCAUGGAGCGGGGAUUUCGCCCUGAAGACCCUCUACUACGGGGAGUUCAAGAACACGGGGCCAGGGUCCGAGAGGUCGAGCAGAGUGUCGUGGAGCAGUCAGGUCCCGGCCGAACAUGUCAAUACAUAUUCGGUGAAGAGUUUCAUCCAAGGAGACGAGUGGAUUCCAACCUCUUCUUGAUCCGAGACGAUGGAAAGAAAGUUAAUAAGGUCAAGAUAACUAGUUUAGAGAGUGAGAUGGGGAGUUUUUCGAACCCACAAGACCACAGUUCUCACCCGAUCGAUGUACAUGAAAGUCAUCAAAGUUCUCUAUUUUCAUUAAAAUCAAUCAGCGGCAUCGGCUGAUUUUAGUCUAGUUACCAUUCUGUGUGAUUGGAGUUACAUUGUCCAUUGAAGGAUGUGUUCAAUUCACGAAUAGAGCAGACAGCAGAGUUUGGAUCUACAGACCCUUUUCUUCUA